AUGAGCGUAAUAUGGCACGAAGUGCUGAGUGCGCACCUCGUCAAGCUGCGGCCGAAAGAUCGAGCGCACUGUGGGCCGAUAGCUCUGAAUAAGUCGCUCGACUCCAAGGCUUUGGAGGUCAUGUUUGGCGAUGUCCAGCGCCGCUACGAGAGGGAUCUGUUCCACGCGUUUCUGUUGCGCCUCAGCCCCAUCAGCGAGCAAAUCCUGUCGUUCGGCAAGGCCGUAGAUGUCAUUGCCGGGGGUGGAGACAUGAUGGCGGGUGCCAUCUGGGGUAGCAUCAUUAUUCUGCUGUCGGCAUAUGACCAUGUUAACUCUCAUCUAGUCAACACGAUCAAACUCACCUUCACACGUUCUCUCGAGGAUCGAUUCUCGUCUUGCGAGACUAAGAUGAAACGCCAGGCCGAGCACCUGGACCGUGAGGUCGGAACGGCAGGCUUGGAGGAGUCCAAGAAGCGAGACGACACCAUCAUGCAGCUUCUUGAGAAUUCGAGACCCACUGUGUCCAGCAUUUCAGGCGUACUUCCGUUCCGUUUCCUUCAGAAUUGUCCAAAAAACAAUAAAUUAUUUGGUUGCAAUGAGGUACUUCAGGAGCUAGAUGCUAUUUUCGAUGACAGCGCAAAGCGCAACCCUCCCUGCAUGGCAAGCGUGGUCAUCCACGGCCUCGGUGGGAGCGGGAAGUCGUCUGUAGCGAAAGAAUUCAUGUAUCGUCAAAUUGCAUCCAACAGGUAUCCGGUUACACUGUGGCUCUAUGCUGAUACUUUGUCCAAGCUUGAGACGCAGUUCAUGUCUAUUGUGCGACAAUUGAACCUGGAUACCAAGGGCAGUCCGGCACGCUAUGCCGUCUUGAACUGGAUUAACAAGCUGGAUGAGGACUUUUUGAUCAUCUACGACAAUGCGGACAACCCAUCUUUACUGAACUCAUGCUGGCCACAUUCGGUAAGAGGGUCGGUCAUUAUCACAAGCCGCAAUCCGUCCGCACGCGAGGUCGACCUGGCUCAGAGCAGCCUCCAUCUCAAGACUUUUAGCCCGGAGCAGGGAUCAGCUUACAUCAGGUCCACACUGCCUGAUGCUCACCUUGAAAACGACGAUGAUCUAAUCGCUAUCGAGCACCUUGCCAGAUAUUUCGACGGACUGCCUCUUGCUUUGCGUCAAGCCAGCACGUUUAUGCGGAAGAAGCACUGCUCGCCCAACCAGUUUAGACAACUCUACCAGCGCCACUUCGAAGAAAUCGACGGCUAUAAGAUUGCAGAAUACGACAAGACUUUGUCCGAUGUGUGGACUCUAUCUACGAGUCUUUUGUCAGAUGAUUCGCUAGUUCUGCUCGACUCGCUCUCGCUGCUCGACCCGGACUCCAUCCCGGCCGGACUAUUCGAGCUCGCAGACCUGAACCACGAGUUCGGCACGUUCCUGAAAGAUGAAUUGCGUGUGCUGGACGCGAGGGAAGGCCUCACGCAGCAGUCGCUGGUGGACUACGACUACCAUAGCAGCAGCAUGAGCAUGCAUCGGCUGUUUAGAGAAGUCACCUUCCGGAAACUGAAAAAAGACCAUGAUCGCCUCCAAAAAGUGUCCGACCUCGUGAUUCGCAUGAUCCACAAGUUCUCGCCCGAGGUCAAUCAUAGCACGGUGCGCAAUCCGCACAUCUGGAAGCGCGUCGAGAAAACGCUCAGCCACGUCCAGAGCGUGUACGACCGGUGCAUGCACGUCUUGACUGAGAGGGAAGCAGAAAUGCUGCUGAGAUGUCUCACCAAAAUUGUCAAUUAUGGGUACGAAUCCGGCCAGUUCGACCUCGGAUACGACGCAUUCCAUAAAGCCAGGGAAGUGCUAAAGAUGGUCAAAGACUCUGAUGAUGAGAUGUUGGCGCUGCUUUAUUUCUAUCAGUGUCGACUCUGUUGCGAGAUGACCCGCAACGAGGAAGCUUGCGAAGCCAUCCUCCUAGCCAGGGAGCAUCUCGAAGAGGCUGGGAAGAGCAACGUGGACUUGCUCAAAACCACGCUAUAUGUGCGAAUACUCAGUAACUUGGGCAUCUCGCAUACCGCUAUCAAUGAAUUCGAAAAGGCGGAAAAAUACCACCUCGAGGCAAUCAAACAUUGCAGGAAGCUAGGCAUGGAGGUCGAAAGUAGUCUAGGUAACCUCCUCCAGAACUUAGGCGGCACCUACCUCUGGAGCGGACAGCUUGACAAAGCGAAAGCGAUCCUCGAUGAAGCGCUGGAGGCGCCCAACACCAACCGAGAAGCGGCCGAAUACACCCUCGGCAACUGGAUGAUUAAAGCGCACAGAUACGAUGAAGCCAUCAAGAUUCACAGAGGUGUCCUUCAGGUUUACAUUGGCCAGCUCGGCAUGAAUCACCCUGUCACUGCCGACUCGUGGCACAAGCUUGGCUGCUUGAUGGCGAUGCCGGAGUACUCUGGCCAGGACCUCAAAGAAGCAGAGAGGUGCUUCCAGCAGACAUUGGAUAUUUUCGAAGCGCCUGGUCUAUCGCGAAGCCCAAUGGCAGAUAUUUUCGUCGCAAGGGCAAAGUGGGGCUUAUCCGGUGUGAUGAAGCUGCUGGCUGAAGCAAGUAAGGAGGAGCAGGCAGUGACAUUAGAAGAGGAGGCCUUGACUGUUUUACGCGAAAAGUUCGACGGGGAGCUACCAGAGGAUAUAACGCCAUCGGAUGCAUUUGAGACUCUAGUUUUUUAUUGGAGCAGAUAA